GAAGCUUCAAGUAUUGUGAAUUGUGAUCUUCCUUUUUCUGACGCAAAUUCGCAUCCUUCACUUCACCGAUCAAAUUGUUUGAAACCCCUAAUUUAAUUGGGUAAGAUCUGAGCUUUUCCGAUAUGAAUUUCUUCAAAUCCGUCUUCGAAGACGACCCAGAUCCGCCAGAAACCGAAUCGGAAUCCGAUUCACCGAAACACAGCGAAGAGCAUGAACAUCCAGAGCAAUCGAACCCUAAUGAUGACGGUGGAUGGAGCUUCGGUGGUCUGAUGAAAACUCUAGCCAGCAGAUCCGAAUCCGUGAUUGAAACUUACCGACGAGAUCUUGAAGAAUUUGGUACAGGUUUGAAGAAAGAGAUCGAAGUGGCUCAGGGAUCGCUUGGUACUGUGGGACAUGCGAUUGAUGAACUUGGGAACACUGUGCUAAAAGGUACGGCUGAUAUCAUUGCUCAAGGUAAGGAAGCGAUCUUAGCCGCUGGUAAUGAAUCUGAUUCUUCUGAUAACAAUAGUAGUCAGAGUUUUGGUCGUCGUGAUAGCUUUAGUUCGAAACCAUAUAGUCGUUUCGAUGCUCAGAUUCGUGUUGUUCAAGGUGAUCUCAACACUUACUCUGAAGAGCCUGAGGAUUCAGUUGAUUUCAAAAAGUGGGAAUCUGGGUUUUCUCUGGAUGAAAAAGCUGAGGAGAUGGAGAAAUUGUUGGAGGAUAACGGAGAUAUGAAAGGAGUUUAUAAAAAGUCUGUUCCCAAUAUGGUUGAUCAUGAGACUUUCUGGUUUAGGUAUUUCUACAAAGUUCACAAGCUCAAGCAGGCUGAGGAUUUAAGGGCUAAUCUUGUUAAACGAGCAAUCUCUCUGGAUGAUGAGGAAGAACUGAGCUGGGAUAUCGAUGAUGAAGAGGAGAGCAGUGAGAAAGAUGUUGAAGCCACCAAGGAAGUUUCAAGAUUGAAACUUGAAGGGAGUGAUGGUACGGAUAGUGGAGGUGUGAGUGAAACUGUGCAAGAUGAUGUGAAAAUUGCAGAUUCAGUGGCUAAAGUAAGUACACAAGAUGAAGUGACAAGUGCAGAUUCAGUGACUGAAGUGAGCAAUGAUGGUUUGAAGACAGAUGGAGACUCCGAGGAAAAGAAGGAGACUGAUAAUGAGGAGGUUCCAGAAGCAAAACCAGUUGUUGAUGCUGCUCCUCCUGCCUCUGAUGAGGCUCCAAUCGAAGAUUCAGUCAAACCCAAAUCUGAUGAGGCUGCUCCAUCCGAAAAAACAACUAAACCAGAUGUGGCUGCUUCUUCAUCAGCUCAACAACCACCUGAAGAGGAUUUGGGGUGGGACGAGCUCGAGGAUAUGAGUAGCAUUGAUGGGAAGGAAGUAAGUCGGUCUGGUGGUAGUCCAAACAGAGCUGAGUUGCGUAAACGUCUGAGUGCAGCAGAGGAAGAUGAAGAUUUAAGUUGGGACAUUGAAGAUGACGAAGAAGAAUCAUCGUCAUCCAAAGCUUAAUGUUAGUUUUAAUUUUUAAAGAUGGUGUGCUUUUUUCUCUCCUUUUACUUGUUUUUAUAAGUUUCUGGCGAUUUGCCUCCAUUAUUCAGUUGUUUCUCUCUUCAAACGUUUCUAUAUAAAUUGAAUUUGAAGAUAUGCUUUACAUUUUUAUUUCA